GGCAGUAUCACAAUUGAAGCCAUAUUCAAUGGCAAGAAGGAUCAGUCAUCGCUCAUCAGAGAAAAACGCUUACGUCACUCUCUUCUGUUGACGGUGACAGAGUGAAGAAGAAGAACCUCCAUGCCCUGCGAUGUGUGAUGUAGCAUAUGAUCAUCAAGCUCCAAAGCUCAGAAUCAAAGCGGAAGCUUAAGGACUGAGAAAUUAGUGGCACGUUGAGCAAGAAUCCCGCUGCAACGAGGAAAAAUUAUUGGAAAACUCACAGAUAUUUAAUGAUGUGAAGGAAACAUUGAAUAAAUCAUUUUGAGACACGGGAAAACAGAAAGCAGCAUUUUCUGUAGUUGAAUUUGAGACAGGGGAAAACAGAAAGCAGCAUUUUCUGAAUGCCUCCAGCUCCAAUUACAAAUUCAUCUUGCGUGGUAUCUGAAGAGCGAGGAGGAUUGCAUGACGGAAAGAUGAGCCUGGACUUAGUGCAGAAUGUGAAUGUGAAUGUCAAGUUAGGAGAAGCUGCUCCAAAAGAAGUACAAGUUUUGAUUAGUAAGGAAAGCGUAACUAUACCUACGCAGAAUGUUAAUGGAAAGUCAGAAGAAGCUGUUCCACAAGAGAUACAAGUUGUGGAUAGUAAGGAGAACAUAACUAUGCCUAUGCAGAAUGUUAAUGGAAAGUCAGAAGAAGCUGUUCCACUAGAGAUUCAAGAAGAAGCUGUUCCACUAGAGAUUCAAGAAGAAGCUGUUCCACUAGAGAUUCAAGUUGUGGAUAGUAAGGAGAAUAUAGUUAUACCUACAGAGAAUGUAAAUGGCAAGCAUGAAGAAGCUGCUCUACAAGAAGUACAAGCUGCAGUUAGUAAGGAGAGUGUAGCUAUACCUGUCGCCACAUCUUCAGUAUCUGAACAAACUGUGGUUCUGCAUCCUGGAAAAAGAAUUGAAAAAACUCCUAUGACCAUUGGAAAUGAGGAGGACAUACAAGUUAAUAUAAUUGGGAUUGGUGGCAUGAAUUCCGGCAAGGUGGUGGAAGAUGCCUCGGAGGAUUGCAAUGACACUGAGCUUUCCAGUUCCAGUUCUUUUGGUGACACAGGAUCUUGUGAAGAGAUUGACUCCAGCUCAGGACUGAGUGAUGAUGAAAUGGAAUCACCGAUGGGUGAUGAUUGGGGAGAACCACUUCUAAUAAGAAAGAAAAAGGUUACGAGUCAUUGGAGGAGCUUCAUUCGCCCUCUUAUGUGGCGCUGUAAGUGGCUAGAAUUGCAAAUGAGAAAGCUUCAUUCCCAGGAAGUUAAAUAUCAAAGAGAACUUGCAUCAUACAAUUAUAAGAAACAGCUUGAGUUUUCAAAGUAUGCAGUAGAUGGUUUUGAUGUCAAGUCAAUACCUAUAUCUACUGGCAUUCAUAGGAAUAAAGUUAUGAGGAGGAAGAAAAGGAAGCGAGCUGAAGAAUCUGAUUUAUCAUCUUAUGUAUCUAAUCAUAAUAUAUUCUCCUACUAUGAGAACAAAGAUCUCCCUGAUGGUUCUUGUAUGGAAGAUCUUCGUUGUGUUUCCAUAAGAGGUAAUGAUGAUAACAUUGAGGAGUCCAUAUUUAGUGACAUGUGGUAUUCCAUAGAUCGUGAAGAUAUUGAUAAAUCAUUGGAGGACAUAUUUCAAAAGAUCGCAACAGUAGAGUUACAAGUUCAGAAAUUGAGAACUCGGAUUGACAAUGUGGUUAGUGAAAAUCCAGGAAAGUUCUGUUCUGUAACUCAACUGAGCAUGGUUGGGCCCUCUGAUGGACUUAAAAGUUUGGAUCGUAAAGUUGCUUCUUUUGCUGGUAGUGAAAACAUAUUCCCAGUUGGUGUUGUUCAUGGUUCUUCUCAGAUUAAAUCUGAGUUACACGUGGAAGAUGUACUUAUGCCUGGAAAUACAUCAACUCGUGAAGGGAUAACUCCAUUUAUCGAAACAACCAAUCAGCCUCAUGUUGAGGGUCUGCAGGAAAGUGGCGAUGACGAAGUUCUCAUACAAGAUCGGGCAGCUAAUGAAAAGUUGUAUGAUCUUGUAAUCGCUAGAAAGCGGCUUGGGGGGAAAACCAAGGGACAAGAUGAGGAACAGAAAUCCACUUCCCUGGCUCAGGUUUCAGAACCUGACUCAGCCACUGGGAAUACUGUAAAUAAUGGGAAAUCUGCUUUGAAAGCAUGUUCUACGUCAAAGUCAAGUUCCCCUAGGAACAAAAGGAGAAAGCAGAAGAAAUCCGGCUCAAAGAGCAGGAGCCGGAGAUAGUUCGGUUGAGCUGAAUCUGCAAAAAUGUUAUUAUUUUGCAAUGCAGAUAGAGGAACUGGGAAUUUCUCAAAAAAUUUUGCACAAAAGACUGAAAUCUUCCAGUGUAAAUUCUGCUUCUUGUUUAUACAUGCUUUUUCAUAAUUCAAGAAAUGGUUUCAGGAUGAUUACUUGUGUAGCUUACCAUAUUCUUGAUAGGAAGCUUUUAUUUUAAUUUAUUGGAGAAUUCUUUUUCAAG